AUGGAGCCAAACAAAAACCACCACCCGCGGCCCUGCCUGAAGUGCGGGCAGGGCUCUGCCGCCCUCGUCAUCCGCCUCGGGGACGCCUUCUGCCGCGGCUGCUUCCGCGAGUACUUCGUGCACAAGUUCCGCGCGAUGCUGGGCAAGAACCGCGUCAUCUUCCCGGGAGAGAAGGUGCUGCUGGCACUGUCGGGGGGACCGGCCUCCAGCGCCAUGCUCCAGCAGGUCCAGGAGGGACUCAGCCGGGAGACGGCCAAGAGGCUCCGCUUUGUCCCCGGCCUCAUCUAUGUUGAUGAGGGAGCGGUGCGCGGGCAGAGCCCGGCACAGCGGGAGCAGAGCCUGGCCCGCAUGGAGACCCUGCUGCAGGCGACCGGCUUCCCCUACCACCUGGCCCACCUGGAGCAGGCGCUGGAGCUGCCCGCAUCCAUCUUGCGGCCGGGGCCAGAGGGUUCCAGUGAGCCCGGUUCCUCCUACAAGGAGGCCGUGGAGGGCUUCAUUCAGCAGCAGCGGCAGGAGGGGGAUGGGGAUGGUGGCACCUCACUGCCCGGCCUCGGCACCCAGGUGGGGGACACGGCUCCCCCGCCUGCCCGCCGCUGCCCGCAACCCGCCGCUGCCCCCCCCCGGGGGCUGCGGCGGCUUUUCGAGGCCGUGGAGACGUCGACGGCGAGAGAGGAGCUGCUGCAGAUGCUGCGGACCCACCUCAUCCUGCAGACGGCCCGGACCAGGGGCUACGCCAAGGUGAUGACGGGCGAGAGCUGCACCCGCGUGGCCGUCAAGCUCCUCACCAACCUGGCGCUGGGUCGCGGUGCCUUCCUCGCCGUCGACACGGGCUUCGUGGACAACCGCCAUGGCGACGUGAUGGUGGUGCGUCCCAUGCGGGAGUACAUGGCCAAGGAGAUUGCCUUCUACAACCACUUCUUUGACGUCCCCACCGUCAUCGCGCCGCCCCUCCCCACCAAGCGCCGGGAGAAGCCCAGCAUCCACCAGCUGAUGGAGCGCUUCCUCCUGGGGCUGCAGGAGGAUUUCCCCUCCACCAUCAGCACCGUCUACCGGACGGGCGAGAAGCUGAGCCCGGUUCCGGCCCAGGAGGAGCUGGCCCUGGAGCCCACGCUGAUCACGGAGGAGCCAGAGCCGGCGGGGGACGGGUGCUGCCAGGACGCCCCGGCAGCAGGGGCUGAGAGCAGAGCUGCCUUCAUCCCGCUGCUGUGCUACAGCUGCCGCCUCACCUUCAAGGAACUGGGCCCCCUCGCCACGCUGCCGCCUUACGUGCGCGCCGAGGCCCAGCGCAGGAUCCGCAGGGCGCAGAUGAAGCAGCAGAGCCAGGAGGUCCCGCUGGAGGAUGAGGAGCCCAACGAGAGCUGA